AUGCUGCCUGAGGGAAUCUUCGGGGGUCUUACGGCCUUGGAAGAGCUGUACCUGUACUCCAACGAGCUCACCAUGCUGCCUGAGGGAAUCUUCGGGGGUCUUACGGCCUUGGAAGAGCUGUAAGUAGCUGUUGGACAAGGUUGUCGGUAGAAUGUUUUUCCGCAUGGGGCUAGCUUGCGAUGGAAAGCUACUAGAUCGCAGACAAAUCGUCCCCAUGACCCAUUCAACCCCGACUAGCGCGGCGGCAAGCAGUUGGUAGGAAGUUCGGUGUAGAACAGGUCGGGGGUGUCUGAAUUCACCUCCAGCCCGUUGCUGGAAACGUGAGCACCAAGGAUCGUGCUACGUAUCGGGAUCAGUUGUCGCUUCCUGGCAUUCGCCGUAGAGCCUCUACGUGAUGGUGCUCUGUUGGCCUCAUAUCCUAGCCUCUUGUCCGGCUCGCGGUGUACUCAAUCUAACCCUGGAACGGGUUCCCGCUGCCAACUCGUCGCCUUCGUUGUAGCCGGAAGUAGGCAUGAUUGUUGUGAUUGUACCCAGGCCAUCGCGAUCAGCAUGUGCGGCAGCAAGCUCUGAUUCCUAGCUCAUGUGUGUUAUCUGCUCCGCUCGUGGCCUUCCCUCGACACCCGAAGGUACCUGUCCGACAACGAGCUCACCACGCUGCCUGAGGGAAUCUUCGGGGGUCUCACGGCCUUGGAAACACUGUUUUGAGGUGAUAAAGAGAGAAAGAGGCGAUCUUGGCGUUGCUGGAAACGUGAGCACCCAAGGAUCGUACUACGUACCGGGAUCAGUUGUCGCUUCCUGGCGUUCGCCUUAGACCCUUUACAUGGUGGUGCCCUCUUGGCCUCAUAUCCUAGCCUCUUAUCCGAUUGGCGGUGUUCUCAAUGCAUUCCUGGAACGGGUUCCUACUGCAAACUCGUCGCCUUCGCUUUAGCGGGAAGAAGGCAUGAUUGUUGUGAUUGUAACCAGCCCAUCGCGGCGGCUGCGGCGUUGCUAGCGCCGCUGUACUGAAGGACGUGCGUACAUGCUGGUGGGCUGGCCGCGCUUCGUAGAUCAGCAUGUGCGGCAGCAAGCACUGAUUCCUGGCUCAUGUGUGUUAUUUGCUCCGCUCGUGGCGUUCCCUCGACACCCGAAGGUACCUGUACCAAAACGAGCUCACCACGCUGCCUGAGGGAAUCUUCGGGGGUCUUACGGCCUUGGAAACACUGUAAGUAGCUAUUGGACAAGGUUGUCGGUAGAAUGUUUUUCCGCAUGGGGCUAGCUUGCGAUGGAGAGCUACGAUAUCGCAGACAAAUGGUCCCCAUGACCCAUUCAACCCCGACUAGCGCGGCGGCAAGCAGUUGGUAGGAAGUUCGGUGUAGAACAGGUCGGGGGUGUCUGAAUCCACCUCCAGCCCGUUGCUGGAAACGUGAGCACCAAGGAUCGUGCUACGUAUCGGGAUCAGUUGUCGCUUCCUGGCAUUCGCCGUAGAGCCUGUACGUGAUGGUGCUCUGUU